GAUUGCGGGCCGAGCUGAGGGUAUUUUGAAAUAAUAGUAUAAAUGCAGUUUGAGGUUUUUCAUGAUUCAAAAUAUUUGUUAUUUAAUGAGAAUCAAACGCAGCUACAAUGGGUGAUGCUGAAGAACAGAAGGCGUACUUAUUAUUCUUGGAAAAUCGUACUUACCGGUACUUGCAACAUUUGGCAAAGUCGUUGAGCCUACCAUCGAAUUACAAGAAAGUUUAUUUGAUAGAACUCAUAUAUGCUAAGAAAUAUCGUACAGAAGAAAUUGUAAAAACUAUCAUACAAAGAGUUAAAAUUGAGCGAUUGUUGGCUGCUAAAAACAGAUUGAAAAGAAACAGAAGAAAGAGGUUUACUAUGCCACCAAGAACCAAAUCACCAGCUAUUUCCGCAACACCAAAACGGCAAAGGGUAUAUGUGCCCUUCGGCUCGGAUCUGAAGAUGGCGAUAAUGAGAAAUUCAACCCGACGAAGCUUACUAGAUGUUAACAAACAACAUACACUGCCAAGGACAAGUGAUAGAGUUCUUAGAAGUUUCAAUUUAAGACAAAGUGAUAAUUCAAAUUACAACCCUUGUCUUCUAAACAACUCUGAAUGUAAUAAAGUCCAAAAUGCAUUGAACACCAAGGCCGUUAUAAAAAUAAACAUACCCACUGGAAAUUUUUAUAAGUAUUACAUGAACACUGAGUGUGUUGUGAGGAAGCACAGACCUGCCAUAUUAAAUUCAACUUGCAAUGAAACAAGAAAGCCAUUGAUUUUAAGACAAAGGUUUCAGGAUGUUGGAAUACAAAGCAACAUAACAGCGGCUAGACGCCAAAGAACUAUUAGCGGAAUCUACCCUCUGCCAGCACUUAGAAAUUGUCCACAGCCCAUCCAAACCACAGAAGGAGUAUCAAUGCGAAAUUACGAUGGUAGUCGAUCAAAGUUAAAUGCUGUUAUACAAAAAUGUAACACAAAUUACAAGCAAAAAAUAACUUAUUGUGACACAGAAGUUAAUAUACAGGACUUGAUAGACAGGAUUGAUGAUAAUAUUGAAAAUCAAGAUGUGCCAUCACAUAGGACUGCAGAAAACUUUGAGCCAACACCUUCACCGAGCAUAUUGAAUUCACAGGAACAGCAUACUGAGCCGGCAACAUCUUUUUCCUAUCACAUAGAUAGAAUGAGGUACCAAAUGUUGGAUGACAGGUCAUCUCAAUAUACCGACGAAACUGUACUGCCUAAAAUUAAUGAAGUGUUCUCAAAGAUGAACUGUAUGAAGAAUAUUGCUCAACCUUUGUAUGUUCAAGUGAGCUCAGAAGAUGAACUGAGUCGAAACUACCCGUUGUUUGCAGACAACUGUAACACAGCAUUAUUGGAAAGUUUAUACAACUUUAAGAGUCAAAUGUUGACCAAUGUGCCUCUACUGCAAAUUGCCACCACAGACAAUACAAAGAGUACUUACACUACUUCCACAGUCACAACCGCAAGGGAGCACCAUUCAGCUAGUCAUGGCAAUGACUGUUAUGAUUUUACUCUGUUCGAGCAGGAUAACAGAUACAUGAACGAUCCACGUUUGUACGAGUUCUUCAGAUUCUCUCAACAGCAACGAAAUUCAGCGCUGAAUCGAUCGUCGUCAUCGACGGAGACGUACCACGAGCGCAGCACCCCGGCCACCGUACCUGAGAUGUUGGAGGACGCUGUGGAGCUCAUCAGUCAAGAUGGCGAUUAUAUGGAGCAGAUUGGUAUGGACGUGCGUGUAAUGUGCGUGCUGUGUGAGUGGGCUGGUCCCAACAUACUUCUUGAAAACCACAUACUUAAGGAGCACGGCAUGUGCGUGGUGGAGUGCGAGGCGGGCGUGGGCGUGUCAUGGUCGCUGGCGGCGAUGUGGCGUGCGUGCGCGUGCGUGCUGCGCCGCGCCACAGCGCUGUACGUGCUGCGCGCGCGCUACUCCGACCCGGACCGCCUGAGCGCGCAGCUCGCGACGAUAUCAGCAGAUCCAGUGCCAAGGAUGGGUGAGAUUACGGUUUAUAAUAAGCAUACUGGUGAACCAUACUCAUGGAUGGGCUACAUCCAACCUCUAACUAACUCUGACGACUCAUCUGGUCUGCGAGUUAGUAUAACGCAGCUGGAUUUACUUCCCAAUAGCGCCAACCUCAAACUUUUAAACAGAGAACUUGUCUCUUAUUCGUUGAACAGAGCUGUUGUAGGUGCACCAGCUUUGAAUGAUAUUAAUGUCGUUUUUAAUGUGAAAAUCGAGUAACCGUGUAAGUGGCAAAUCCUAAGUCAAUUUAGUUUAUAGAAAAAAAACUUUAAAUUUUUGGCGCGCAAUUCGAACCUGCCAGUAUUUCUUCCGCCUUAUUUUUAAUGUUCCUUUUUUGUAAUUAAUAAAAGCACUGAUUAUUUUUUUAGUUGUAAGGAAAAGUUAUACAUUUUGUUAUUAAUGUAACAUAUUUUUAAGAAAACUGUUGUAUCGUGUCAUACGAGUAUUUCUUUAUCAGUUGUAAAUUGUUAUUAAAAUUAUAAGUUUUUAUAUUUGCAAUAUAUUUUUUCGUUAAAGUUCAAGACAUUUUGAUAUCCGCAUAUAUUUUUUAUUUGACUGUUUAACAGCCGUUCCCAAUAUU